UGGUCAUUAGCAACAGUUAGUGUAUAAAAGAUGAGAUCUUCCUACGGAUAUCUUCCAGUAGUGCAAGGAUGAAACUGACGCUCUUGGCGAUAUGCGUUGCAACGGUGAUUCUUCUUCAAAACGCGAACACAUCGGUUGCCCGGCUGAAGUUCCCCGUUUCGGCUCCCUUGAUCCGAAAUGUAGUCCUACCGGAGCAGAAGGACCUUCAAUCUAUGGCUAUGGACGAGGAAUUCGGUCCGAUGGAUACGAUAAGUUGUUUUCCGCCGGCGAAUCGGCGCCAUCGCUACGAGUGGGCCGGUGGUUUUCGUCAGAAACAUAUCCUAGAAGAGCUGAAUUCCGACCACCGCGACCGGCUGUCCGACGACGAGAGUGAACUUGUGUCCAAGGAAGAAUCUAACGACAGUGCAACGGUGGAUGGAUGGGAUAAUCUGAUUGACAAACGGAAUGAUAAGCAUCGGGAAGUGACGGCUGAUGUGUACGCCCAAUAUCCGUCGUCGUGCGCUUGUCAAACAAAGUACGAGCUGCUUGACCUGGGGUACACCCACUUUCCCCGCUACAUCGUGAACGCGAUUUGCCAGAACCGGAACAUCAACAGCCGCAAGUGUUGGCGCGGAUCCCGCUGUAAGGAGAUUCCCUACAAGGUGCGCGUCCUGACGAAGCGUUCCGAGGUAGAGCCGAGCCCGACCGAUGAGGAUCAGGAUCAUCACGCGACGCAGCUGCCGGAACCGCUGAGAGAUUUCUGGCGCUUCAAAACGGUCACCAUUGCUGCCGCGUGCCAGUGUUCGAUCUAGGUUGAUUCCUACCUACACGAAAAUGUACCAUAUUGUUUGGAUAUAAAUUUUACGAUCGCUUGAUGGGA